AUUUAGUUAUUGCGUGAGAUACCCAGCCAUUCGGGUAUUUCAAAGUCCUCCAUGCCGACUCCUCUUCUCCAUGUCUUCCAUGGCUGAACCCCACAAGAAAACCACCAAAACCAGUCAUUUUCUAGGUUGUUUCGGGUUUUCCGGCAUGAAAAACCCGCCGGAAAAGCCCAUUAAACCCAGCAGCAGGAACAAGACACGGUCGCCUCCUUGCCCGAUGUUUUGUUUCACCGCGAGAAAGUCCCGUACCAAAACUGUGCCCGUCGAUAACUCCGACAAUAAGACAGUCUCAGCCGGCGAAAGCUAUACGCCGUCGAAGCCGAUAAAGAAGAAGAUCCCUUCGCGCCAAAAUUCCAAAACUGAUCAACGACAAACGGCGUCGCUUGAAGAGGGACCUGAACCGAAUAUUCUCACCCGGAACAGAAGAAAUUCAGACCCGAUUAGGACCGGUUCAAGCCUUCCCAGUUCACCGGCAGUUAAAUCGAAUCCGAAAACACAUCCCAACUUAUCCCACACGGCUUCGUUACCGGUCCUCGACCGCGGAAAACGGGCGGAGAAUCCCCGGAUUCAUGAUCGGGUCAACUCGAAGCAGAUCAGGCGGAAGAACAAUGGGGCGGUUAAAAAAUUCGACACGGUCACGGGUUUGUCCAUCAUUAUGGUGAUCCUAGUAAUGAUGUUACUUUGGGGUCGCUUAUGUGCGAUCCUGUGUGCCUCGGCUUGGUUUUAUUUUUACUAUCGAACCGCGGUUAAAGAUAAUGAUAUAAAAAUCAUUACGGAUGCAGAUGCUUCGGAUUUGAACUCGGAAGAAUACAAGAAGAGGAUCGUGCUAGAAGGAUUGUUAGAGAGGAAUCAUAAGAUUACACUGUGAAUUUUUUUUAUAUAGUUCAUGUUGGACUCUAUUUUAUGGUUCAUGUACAAAAAUAACUUCCAUUUUUCACUUUUUCUUUUUCAUGUCCGAUGCGAACGUUAGACGUAGCUGCAUAUGUUUUGCUAAAGUGAGCCGGUCUGGGCAUUUUGUGUAAAAUUAGCAAUGGGAAAAAAAG